AUGACUUUCUUGGCUCACAGAAAGACGGGAGGGUGGUUGAAACAACAACCAGAUGUUUCGGUGUUCCACGAACAACCCAGCGCUACAGCGGCCGGCAGCCCUAGGAGGAGGAGAGCGAGGAGGAGGAGGAAGGUGGCAGCUCCGCCCCGGCGGCGGAGGGGUGCUCCUGGUCCUGAGGGAAACAACGGUGCUCAAGGUCCUCCUGGUGUCACCGGCAACCAAGGUGCAAAGGGUGAAACAGGUCCUGCUGGCCCUCCAGGCUUCCAGGGUCUGCCGGGUCCCUCUGGUCCAGCUGGUGAAGCUGGCAAACCAGGCGAAAGGGGUCUCCAUGGUGAAUUUGGUGUCCCUGGUCCUGCUGGCCCACGGGGUGAGCGUGGUCUUCCUGGUGAAAGUGGUGCUGUUGGUCCUGUUGGUCCUAUUGGAAGCCGUGGUCCAUCUGGCCCACCAGGCCCUGAUGGUAACAAGGGUGAGCCUGGUAACGUCGGUCCUGCUGGUGCUCCUGGUCCCGCUGGGCCUGGUGGAAUCCCAGGAGAGAGAGGUGUUGCAGGUAUUCCAGGAGGCAAGGGUGAGAAGGGUGCCCCAGGUCUGAGAGGUGAUACUGGUGCAACAGGAAGAGAUGGUGCCCGUGGUCUCCCUGGUGCUAUUGGUGCUCCUGGCCCUGCUGGUGGUGCUGGUGAUCGGGGUGAAGGAGGUCCUGCUGGUCCCGCUGGUCCUGCUGGUGCCCGUGGUAUUCCUGGUGAACGUGGUGAGCCUGGUCCUGUAGGUCCUAGUGGAUUUGCUGGACCUCCUGGUGCAGCUGGUCAGCCUGGUGCUAAAGGCGAGCGUGGCCCUAAGGGACCAAAGGGUGAAACUGGACCAACAGGUGCUAUUGGGCCAAUUGGUGCUUCUGGACCACCAGGUCCCGUUGGUGCUGCUGGUCCUGCUGGCCCUCGUGGUGAUGCUGGUCCUCCUGGCAUGACUGGUUUCCCUGGUGCUGCUGGAAGAGUUGGUCCUCCAGGCCCUGCUGGCAUCACUGGUCCCCCUGGUCCUCCUGGCCCAGCUGGCAAAGAUGGUCCUAGAGGUCUGCGUGGUGAUGUUGGUCCAGUUGGCCGCACUGGUGAACAGGGUAUUGCUGGCCCACCUGGUUUUGCUGGUGAGAAAGGUCCAUCUGGAGAAGCUGGUGCUGCUGGUCCUCCUGGUACCCCAGGUCCUCAGGGUAUUCUUGGUGCUCCUGGUAUCCUUGGUCUGCCUGGCUCUCGGGGAGAACGUGGUCUUCCAGGCAUUGCUGGAGCAACAGGUGAACCUGGUCCUCUGGGUGUUUCUGGUCCUCCUGGUGCUCGUGGUCCCUCUGGUCCUGUGGGUUCUCCCGGUCCUAAUGGUGCUCCUGGUGAAGCUGGUCGUGAUGGCAAUCCUGGAAAUGAUGGUCCUCCAGGCCGUGAUGGUGCUCCUGGUUUCAAGGGUGAGCGUGGUGCUCCUGGUAACCCUGGUCCCAGUGGUGCUGUGGGUGCUCCUGGUCCUCAUGGCCAAGUUGGUCCUUCUGGAAAGCCUGGAAACCGUGGUGAUCCUGGUCCUGUUGGUGCUGUUGGUCCUGCUGGUGCUUUUGGCCCAAGAGGUCUCGCUGGCCCACAAGGUCCACGUGGUGAGAAAGGUGAACCUGGUGAUAAGGGACAUAGAGGUCUGCCUGGCCUGAAGGGACACAAUGGAUUGCAGGGUCUUCCUGGUCUUGCUGGUCAACAUGGUGAUCAAGGUCCUCCUGGUAACAACGGUCCUGCUGGCCCAAGGGGUCCUCCUGGUCCUUCUGGUCCUCCUGGUAAAGAUGGUCGCAAUGGUCUCCCUGGACCCAUUGGCCCUGCUGGUGUACGUGGCUCUCAUGGUAGCCAAGGCCCUGCUGGUCCCCCUGGUCCUCCUGGUCCCCCUGGUCCUCCUGGUCCCAAUGGUGGUGGAUAUGAAGUUGGCUUUGACGCAGAAUACUACCGGGCUGAUCAGCCUUCUCUCAGACCCAAGGAUUAUGAAGUUGAUGCCACUCUGAAAACAUUGAACAACCAAAUUGAGACCCUGCUGACCCCAGAAGGCUCCAAAAAGAACCCAGCUCGCACCUGCCGUGACCUCAGACUUAGCCACCCAGAAUGGAGCAGCGGUUUCUACUGGAUUGAUCCUAACCAAGGCUGCACUGCAGAUGCCAUUAGAGCAUACUGUGACUUUGCCACUGGUGAGACUUGCAUUCAUGCUAGCCGUGAAGAUAUUCCAACUAAGACCUGGUAUGUCAGCAAGAAUCUCAAGGACAAAAAGCACAUAUGGUUCGGUGAAACUAUCAAUGGUGGUACUCAGUUUGAAUACAAUGGUGAAGGUGUGACCACAAAGGACAUGGCCACCCAACUUGCCUUCAUGCGUCUCCUGGCCAACCAUGCCUCCCAGAACAUCACCUACCACUGCAAGAACAGCAUUGCCUACAUGGAUGAGGAGACUGGAAACCUUAAAAAGGCUGUUAUACUCCAGGGAUCCAAUGAUGUUGAACUACGAGCUGAAGGCAACAGCAGAUUCACUUUCAGUGUUCUUGUGGAUGGCUGCUCUAGAAAGAACAACAAAUGGGGCAAAACAAUCAUUGAGUACAGAACAAAUAAGCCAUCUCGCUUGCCCAUCCUUGACAUUGCACCUUUGGACAUUGGUGGCGCUGACCAAGAAUUCGGUUUGCACAUUGGCCCAGUCUGUUUCAAAUGAAUGAACUAAAAUUAACUUAAAGGCCCCCCCCGAAUUAUUCUUUGUCAUUUCUUUUUGUAAUGAGAGCUGACUCCUUCCAUUUUUUCUGUUCAUCUACUUGCUUAAACUCUGGGCGAAAGAGAAGGAGAAGAAUUGAUUGGAGCAUUGUGCAAUGAAACUUAAUACAGCCCCAAAAGGACUUGGAAGUCUUUCAAGAUUUAACACCUUGCUUUGGGAAAUGUCAACCUUUGUAAAGAAAAAAAAACAAAAAAAAAAACCAAAAAAAUAAAAUAAAAAAUCAUGAAAGUUUGCACCACUUGUGGCCUUUGACUAUCUUCCACAGAGGAAGUUUAAAACCACGACUUCCAAAGGUUUAAACUACCUCAUACACUAAACCAAGUGUGAUCCACAUCCCUUGUAGGCACUUCUCCAUAUUAUGAGUUAUUUUCAGUUCCACUCAGAACAUAGUGGUGCUAAUUUCAUUAUUCCAGAGUAUGUUUCCAGUACUUGAAUUUUGAUGGUGCUAGCAGCAGUUAAAGUAUUACUUCUCUGUUUCUUUGAUAUCUAUCUCAUCCCCAGCUUAAGCAUGUGGAUCAUUUUUCCUCAUCUUUGUCCUCUUCCUCCAAAAUCAGGUAUUUCUGCUUCCAAAUCUCAUCUUCUUCUCCAAUGGAUAAAAAAGAAUCAUCAUUUCUCAAAAGAAAAAAAAA